UCUGUUUAGGCCUUUAAUCAUUACAUUGAAUUUAUCCUCUUUUUUUUUUAUUGUUUUUUUAAUUCACUGUUUGUUUUUUAUUCACUUAUAAAAAAGGUGGUUGACAUUAAAAAAAAAAUAUGAAUGUGUUGAAAUAGAAAAAAAUAGAUUAAUACAGAUCUAAAAUUUACUUAUUAAAAGUUGAUCGUUUUGAAUUCAAAUUCGCCAUUUUGGUAUAGUUUCAUACGACAGGAAGUGUCGACUUGUGGCGCUACCAGUAAACUUCCACUAAAACCAUUUCUUCCUCAUGUUCCUCAUUGUUCUACUCGUCGCAGAGAGAAGUUUAACGUUUUAUUUGGAAAUCCUCAGUUUCAUCGUCAAUCAUCGUUCUGAUUUGAAGAUACCGUUUUUGCGUUUUGAAAGAAUCAAUUGCAUCGUCACUUACCGGUAUUCUUGGAUAUUCUGCAUUUCACUUGUCAUUUUCUGCUUUCGUGUGAGCAACCGUUUUGAUUGGAAAUCCUCUGUUUCAUCGUCAAUCAUCGUUCUGAUUUGAAAUAAUCAGUUGCAUUGUCAGUUACCAUUUUUGCGUUUUGAAAGAAUCAAUUGCAACGUCACUUACCGGUAUUCUUGGAUAUCCUGCAUUUCACUUGUCAUUUUCUGCUUUCGUGUGAGUUAUAGUGUUGAUUGGAAAUCCUCAGUUUCAUCGUCAAUCAUCGUUCUGAUUUGAAGUAAUCAGUUGCAUUGUCAGUCACCGUUUUUGCGUUUUGAAAGAAUCAAUUGCAUCGUCACUUACCGGUGUUCUUGGAUAUCCUGCAUUUCACUUGUUAUUUUCGGCAUUAGUGUGAGGUCUUGUUGUGUUACGAGUCUAUCAACUUGGAUCAUUAUUGGAGUUUUAAUUGAAUUUGUUGUCAACAAUGCUUUUGCUGAAUGUUGUAAGGAAUCUUUGCUUUGCUGCAUUGGACAAGAUUCUGCGUGUGUCGUGCAAAAAACAUUAUCGAAUGUCAUUAUAGAAACUUUUUUUGAUAAACCGUGUUAUUGUACAUGUAUAUAGUUUUAAGAUAGAUUUUAGUUAAUUGUUUAACAUUUAUUAUUGUAAUGAGUGAUAAGAAAAAAGAAACAAACAAAUCUCCUCCAUCACGUGCAGAUAUUGAAAAUGCACAACGUCGCGUUGAACAAAUAAAUGCGAUUAAUAGACGCAAUGUUUCGCGACAAUUUGUUCCAUUGUUGCCAAGGCGUAGUGAUAAUAAUUCGGGCAGUAAUCAUAAUUCAAAUAGUGUUGAUAGUAAUCGUAUUCGUACAGUGUACAGUAGAUUUACUCCCUUAUUUCCGCGUCGUUGUCAACAAUCUGACAAUGGUCAGAAUUGUAAUGUGAAUCGAGUACGUCGACAGUUGUUUCCUCCGCGUGAUGAAGAACAUUUAAAUCAAGAACAAAGUGCAUCUACAAGUGUUAAUUUUGUUUACCGUCAAGAUCAAUCUCAAGAAAUAAUACCCACGAAUCAUCAACAGUUGUUUCCUCUUCAACAAGACGCACAUUUAAAUCAAGAGCCAAAUGCAUUGCCAAGUUUCAAUUUUGUUUACCGUCAAGAUCAAUCUCUUCAAGAAGACAUCUCCGCUGAUCAUCGACAACCUGAGCAACCUUUUCUUAACGACGAAAAUACUGUAAUGUCAAUUAAUGACAAUUAUCAGCCUUUUAUAUCAAACAUCAACAAUGACGAUAGAACUUUGUCGUGGCAAAAAAAUUUAAAUCUUUUAAAUAUUGAAUCAAGUGAAUCUGGCGAUUUGGGUGAAGAAAAUGAAUUUCAACGCUGUCCAAUUCCAAGGAAGCGAUUUAAAUUAAAUUUAGGCAGUGAUAAAAGAAGCGAAAAAACAACAAACGAAGCUGAAAAUGAAAAAAACACGCCAACAGAGAAAUUUGAAUUACCAAAAUCGUUAUCGACACAAAAAAAUUAUGCCAACGAACCACAACCGUCAACAAGUAAACAAGCUGAUGUACAAGAUGCAGUUUCAUUUAUAUCAAUGGUCACAAAGAAGUCAAUGAAGAAAACUACUGAUAAAAUACAGAAUACCCGUAAAAAGACUCCCAAAAAACAAUCAUUGAAAAACAAAAAAGAAACACCUCAAAAAGUCGAUAAAUCAUCAACAACAGCAGUAGACGACAACGACGAUGAUGAUGAUGAUGAUGAUGAUGAAGAUUUAAAACUUCAAACAAAAUUUACGAUAAAGACUGGUUUUUCUGAUUCUUUUUGUUGCUGUCCAGAACUUCGGGAUUUGGUAAUUAAUCAAGUGAAAGUGCUAUCGAGAAUGACUAUAUUGGUUACAAUUUUUAUAAACUUUGCACUUCGUCAUCCCACAAAUGAUUAUUUACGUAAAAUCUGGUCCGAACAAGGUCCCGAUUAUAAUUCAAUAUUUCCGUUGUUUAAAGAAAAUUCUACAGAACCAAGAACUGAUGCAAAAAAAGAAAUGCAUAAUAAAUUGAAAAAUGAAUUUAUUCCUCAGUUUAGUGAGUUCAUGGGUGGCAAAUUUGAAUUAUUUAAUUGCACAAAUCUCUCUUCUCAAAUACAGGAAAUGGCAAUUCAAUUAAAUGUCAAUUACUUGACAAAUCUUCAUUAUCAUGCCAGGAGUCGACUUGCUACGUUCUUCAAACAUGAAUUAUUUAAAAAAAACAAAUCUACAAUGAAAUUGAAUAAAAAGGAAACUACAGAACGCCAACAGGAGCGAACAAGAGUUUACCGUGAAAAAAAAUUAAUUCGUAGAUUACGUAACAAGAAAAAAAGGGAGAAGUGGGCAAAAAAAAAGAAAAAAAUAAAACAACUGUAUCGAGAAGAAAGAAGAGCAAGACGUGCUGAAUUAGAAAGGUUACAUCCCUAUGAGCCGCAUGUGGAAAAAUUAAUUUUUAGAAACGUUAAAAAAUUAAAACAAAAUCGCGAUAUAAUACAAAGACAAAUUGUUUAUGAUUUACCUCCAAAAGGCAAAAAUAGAGGUAAAAAAUAUCGAGAACGUUUAACAUUAAAAAAAAACAACAAAAACUGGGAAAAACCAUCACGUAAGAAUAAAUCAUCGAAGCCAUCGACAAAAAAAAGUAAAAUUAUUAAUUCUAAAGAGGCCACAAAAAAAGUGCAGGACAAUGAAGAGGAGGAAGAAUUGAAUCAUAGGAAAAUCAUUAAAACAAAACUUGACAAUCUUCUCAAAUACAAUGAAUGUGAUAAUGAAACUCUGAAGGCCUUGAAUUUGGAAAAUUUGGAUUUUCGAGAUCUUAAAAGAAGAAAGGAAUGUCACAAAUUUUUUAUAUUUUUUCAUCGUUUACAAGAUUAUUUUGCACGUGAAGGAAUCAAAAGUUUUAUUCUUGUACCAAUCAUGAGUCCUGGUCUAAAGUACAUUACGUACACGAAUACGGCGUUAAAACUGUUGGAAAAUGAAUUGAAAAAAGUAGCACCAGAUUAUACAUGUACUAAAAAAGCACCGGAAAAGUUUACCGUCAAUGAAAUUACAGCACAAGAACUCAUGCACAAAGACAUUAUUUCGCCAUUAAAAGAAAAAUCAAAGUUGCUGCAUGCUGAAAAAAUUGGUUUGGAAAGAAAUUUUCAAUAUUUGGAAAAAGCAAAUAAUCCAAAAAAUUCAGAAGAAUUGUCAAACAUAAAAAAUCAAAUAAAAGAAAUUACAAAAAAAUUGACUCCAAUCAAAAAGGAAAUACAAUUGGAGAACAAACGACAUCAAGACAUUAAAAAUCAACGACGUCCGGAGAAAAUUAAUGAAAAUGAUGAAAGAUGGAACAACAUGUUUGACAUAUCUAAAAUACAAGUCAACAAAGAGAAAUUGAAAUUUUCCAAAACAAUAAUGACGGAUGGUGUGGCUGUGUCUGUAAUUUAUAAUCUUGUUAAACCAAAAAAUAUAACAAAUUUUUCUCCUUUACAGCAACAAGAAUCGCGAGAUUUAACAAAAUAUGAAGUGUUCAAGGGUCUUGACCCAGGUUUGAAAUUUGGAUUUGCUGGAGUAGAAAGAAAAAUGAAUGAUAAUUUCGAUAUUAAAUGUAUAGAUAAACAUAUAAAAAUUUCUACAAAAUCUUACAGAUGGCAAACUCAGGAGAAUAAGAGACAAAGCAUUCUUUAUAAUGAGACAAAAAAUUAUAAAAAAUAUUAUCACGAUUUGCAAGUAAGUGAAAAAUAUCGUGACAAAGUAAAUCACAAAGAUCCUCAACAAAUUUUAAUAUCAACAGAAUAUUUAUUGACAGCGCUAAAACGAAACCAACCUUAUUUUGAAAAACGAAAAAUAGCGGCUUUGAAAUGGGACAAGUACAUGUCAGUACAACGUGAAACAGAUCUCUUAGCAAAUUACAUGGUUGGCGAUGUAAAGAGGAAACAACUGUUGGUGAUUGGAUCACCUGAAAUAUCACCAUGGAUGCGUGGCCACGUGCGGAUGCCGUUAAGAAAAGUUGUGAGGAGAUUAAUCGAAAAGCAAUCUAAAUAUCCAAAUUUACGAAUUGUUUUUAUCGAUGAACAUCGAACCACAAAACUUUGCAGCACUUGCAACGAAAACAUGGACAUUUUCAGAAACAGAACAGCUUAUUGUGCAUCAUGUAAAAUCUCAUGGAAUCGUGAUGUAAACGCGGGUAGAAACAUUUUAAAUUUGGGACUUGUGAAAUUGGGAAUAAUAAAUAAAGAACAAUUGCCAAAUUGGAGUGAUUUUCGAGCGUUAAAAAAUAUCCAAGAUUGGAAUGAAUAGGGGGAGAUUUGUCUUUCCAAUAGUCUUCUCACUAGAUGAGGGGUAAAGGGGUUAGUUUAAUACUGACUCUUUUUUACAUGUCCGUAAGGACGUAGGGAAAAGCGAGGCAAAGCCGCUAAUGUAACUCUAUUUUUUAUUUCAUUAUAUUUUCGCGCGGUUAUUUCAAUUGUUUUUCAAUUUGAAUAGAUGGUAAAGUAGAUAUUUUAAUGAAACAGUGGAGAAUCUAAUUCAAAAUGUGAGGUUAAAAAUACAAGUAAUGAUUAUUUUUUAUAAAAUAUCUCAAAUUCUUUUAAAAAAAUGUACUAAAUACUUAUGUUUCAAAGAUAUUCGGCCAUUUACUGCAAGUUCGUACAGUUUUAACGGCUACAAUUUUCUUCCUUUUAAAAAUAUAAGCAAAAACGUCGCUGCCCCGCCAUAAGGGGCAAAGCCGUUUUUUUGCAUCUUCUUGAAAAUAAUUAAAUUAAAUAAUCAUGCUUAUAAUAAAUUAAAGAAUUAUUAUUAAAAUUUGUUGUUAAUUAGUUUGAAAUUAAUUAGAAAAAAAAUCACGUAAAUUGAUGGUGUAAUAACGAAAAUAUUUAAAAAUAAACGUUACAUUAGCGUCUUUGCCCCGCUCUCCCCUAUACUCUAUCAUACACCUGCAUACAUAUUAUGAACUCUGAAGGUUAUCACCUUGUGUGAAAGAUUAUGACAUCCCAGAUUUCUAUCUUCCUCCCGCCCAUCUUCACGUCUCGUGUGUCAUUCAAAUAGCGAGUCACAAUUUUUUUUUAAAUUUAAUUUAUGAGGUUUUGAAUAAAAAUAAAAUGUUUAUUUUUCCUUCAUAUAUGAAAAAGAUACACUAUAGAUUAAUGCUCUUUCCGCAAUGUGAAAUUACUUUUGUUGGUGGAGGCGAAAAAAACAAGUAGCAAAGAAAUGGAAUUUCUUCUCCGUUGAAAUAUACCAAGUCGAGCCUCGCGGUACAUUGUGUGCAAAUUGAAUUUUAUACUUUAAUGAGAGAGGUUAGGUACAUUUGUAAAUACAUGAUUUUUUGCUCUUUUUAUUUUUUAUUUCAUGUUUUUCAUCUUCCACUUUGUUUACCUUUUUACAUAAAAUUUCCUCCAAAAAGAUUCCUUUCUAAAUCACUGUCUAAUAAAAUAUUUGUUUGCAAUUUUCGUAUCUCUUUAGUAUUUAGGGAUAUUUUUUAGAUAAUUGUAAAUUAUUAUUAUUUUAUGAGAAAUAUUGUCGCAAAAUUACUACCAGCUUCAAUUGUCUCACCAAUGGCAAGCUUGCCACGCAAGCUCAAGGCAAACUUACUGAGCAUGAAUAACUGUAAAGAAUAUAACAUUUUUAUAUUUUCAAACAAUCUAAAUUUUCAACAAGUUAGGUAGGUGCGUUGGUUGUAAUAUUAAGGUAAUAUUACGUGAUACUUGGGAUUAUAUAAUCGAUUUAAAAAUUUAAUUAAAUUUCCUAAAACUAAUUUCCAGAUUAAGUUUGCACUAAUUUUUUUAUAACUGAAGGUUUAAAACGAAUAAUAAUAAUAAUCGACAGUGCGCUCUGACUCACGCUCUAUAAUACAAGUCAAGUAAAAUGAAAUAUAAGAUGUUCUUCUUAUCAAAGUGAAAAAUCUAUUUUACAACAAAAUGAAAAAAGAUCCUUACUUACGAAAAAGAAGAGCUCUUGACAAAAUGAAUGCGCUUAAAUAAAAAAGACAUGAAGAAAUUUCUUUCUUUAAAAGUAGGUGACCUAUGAAAAUCAAAUUUUCAUAUAAAUGAAUAACGAUUGUAAAAAUAUAUUCAUUCUUUUGAACAACACUUAUUCUUUUUUUAUCAUAAGUCACGUUCUCCUUUUUUGUUAUUAAAAUAAUAAUUAAUAAAGAGAUCUUAACGUUAAAAUUUUCGUGCUUCAUCAACAAUUUAUCCAAUUUCCUCAAUAUCUCUCCUUCUCAUUUUGCAGAGAGUGGAAAGCGUUUGUCAUCGCAAAGCGGAAAGCGAAUCCAACCGCGCUCGCCCGUAAUAAUGAUAUCUCGUUUUGCGGGGCUGCUGUUGUAACGCAAAACCCUCGACGAGAUACUUGAAAAGUAGAACGGUCCAAUCGACCGCGAGGAAGGAAAGGAGAGAGCGCCUAUAUAUAAUACUGUGGCGUCGGACACAGCGACGACGACGACGACGACGACUGUGUGAGGAGAGUGAGUUUGGUUCGAAACAGGUCCGCAUUCAACAGGCCUCGAAUCGCUGACCCGGAUCCUCGAGGCCGAGACGUCCCGGCUUUUCACGAACCAAAUUAUCGGACCUCACCCCUUUCACUUCGAUCCUCUUUUCCCUACGUUAUCAGCAA